GUGCAAAGUUCACGUUCACGACACAGGGUCCAGAUGGCUUCGAGCGGCGAGAGCCUCCCCAACGUAGACGGCGAGAAGGAAGGGCGAGGACACUGGUCACACAAAUGUGACUACCUCUUCACAAUGACGGGCUAUGCUAUCGGGCUUAGCAACGUGUGGAGAUUCCCUUACCUGUGUUAUUUAAAUGGCGGAGGGGCGUUCCUGGUCCCCUACCUACUGACGCUGGUACUGGUGGGCAUCCCGCUGUUCUUCCUGGAGACGGCCGUCGGGCAGUUUAGUUCCUCCAGCUGCCUCGCCGUCUUCUCCGUCUGCCCGGCUUUCAAAGGUCUUGGUAUGGCAUCCCUCGCUAUCAACUUGGUGACACUAACGUACUACAUCAUUUUAGUCUCGUAUCCCCUGCUGUUCCUCGCCCACUCCUUCAGCUGGGACCUUCCGUGGGCCUCGUGCGGGAACAGCUGGAAUUCGCCCAACUGCACGGCCCAAGACAACGUGUGUAUCCUAUCGUCCAAGACCUGCUGGCCAGACUGCAAUGCUCCUGACUUCCUUAAGUGGCUAAUCAAUUAUGUCACAGUAGUGUAAAUUCCUAUCCCCAG